AUGAAGUUCUUCUCCCAGGUCCUGGCAACGGUGGCGCUAAUGACGAUCGGCGCUACUGAAGCAACUACCGAGGGCUGGGAGAUUUAUCGGCUCGGCAAGACGUAUGGCGAGCCCCACGGUAAUUUUUUCACGGAUACGGUGUUUGCCAAGUCCGGAGAGGCUAUUCAUUCCGUCACGAUUCGCACCGGCGAGCGCGUGAACGGCGUUGGAAUCGAAGUUACGCCCCCGGGAGCGGGACGAACCAGUGCGAACCACGGCGGCAACGGCGGCUACCCGCAAACGAUGAAGAUGCAGCUUGGUGAGCGCAUCCAGUGCUUGGAGGCCCUCUGGGGCCCGUACCAUGGCCGCACGCGCAUCAGGUACAUCAAGAUCACCACGAGCCGAGAAAGAGUCGUGUCCAACCCCGACAAAGCCGUCUGA